AUGGGUAGCUCAGCCCAUCAUUUCUAUGAUGCUGUGCGGAUUGCCGAGAGGAUUGAACAAGGAAUCCGAAGUGGGAGAUUUAUGGAACCUGUAAAGAAGAAAGGUUUCGUUGGAAAAAGGAAGGAAACUGAGGUGAAUAGCCUAGAAGGCGGAUAUAAAGGAAAAGGCAAAAACUACCAAACACCUACCUCCCAAGUCACUUGUAUCAAUCUUGCUAAACCCUCCAUCCCAAACCAACCCAAUCAAACAAAAUUCCCAACAAAUAACCAAAGCAAUUACCAAAGGAGAAACAACCAACAACCAGAAGAACAGUUACCACCCUUACCAAUAACCUUGAAGGAGUUGUAUGCUAAAUUACUAAGUAUCGGGCAGAUAGCUCCUAUACCGAUACCACCUAUACAACCACCUUUCCCUGCCUGGUAUAAUCCUGAAGUGACUUGUGAAUACCAUGCUGGUAAUGCGGGUCAUAGCAUUGAGACAUGCGUUGCUUUUAAGAAAAGGGUGUUACAGCUGAUGAAAGUUGGAUGGGUCACUUUUGAGGAUUCACCUAAUAUGAAUACGAAUCCUUUACCCAAACAUGCUGCUGGUAGUAGUGAGGUGAAUGCCAUGGAGAUUGGUAAUGAAGGAAAGGUUUUAAAAGUGACCAUGACAAGGAUGUACGAUAUGUUGGUACAGUCUGGGCACUUAGAGAGAUUGAAUGGACGUUGCAUGGGGAAAAGUGACUUUUACCCAUUCCAUAAAAAGAAAGGGCAUCAUAUUGAUGAAUGCAUUGAGUUUCAUCAAAAGGUUGCGAGAAUGUUGACUCUAGAAGAGCUGAGAGUCGAGGCCAUAGAAGACGGUGGAGAGAUAGAGAUGAUAGAGAAGUGUAGGGUCCAAUCAACAGCUAAUGGGCUCUCGAAGUUGGUAUUGAUUAAGCCCUCAUAUGCAAACAAAACAAACUACAAAAUGAUGCCGGGUAAUUAUGGUUAUACCUCAAGUAUUGAAGCUCCCUUGCCUUUGUUCCAAACUGAGAUAAGUGGACUAACCCGGAGUGGUCGUUGUUUCACACCUGUGGAAUUAGAGAAACAAAGAAAAACUAAGGACAAAGAAGCAAUUGAUUUUGAUAAAGAGCUAGAGGUGAAUAAACCCGUGACUGAGGAAGAGACAAAUGAGUUCCUGAAGGUGAUGAAGCAUAGCGAGUAUUGUAAAGUGGAUCAGCUGAAGAAGACUCCGGCAAAGAUUUCCAUCAUGUCAUUAAUACUCAGCUCUGAGCCGCAUCGCAAUGCUUUGCAAAAAGUAUUGAAUGAGGCUUACGUGCCCCAAGAUAUAGAACAAAUGGCUAUGGAGCAUUUAGUAGGGAGGAUUCAUGUUGCCAAUUACCUGUAUUUUACGGAAGAUGAGCUGGACGUUAAGGGCACGGGACAUAAUAAGCCUCUAUAUGUCACGAUCUGA